GACAGGUGGCACGAGAGUCGGAGAGAUAAAAUGUCUGCACCCAUGAUCUUAUCUCUUUUGCCUUACAUCUCGUUGCCUUCGUCCUACUCCUAGUGCUAGUAGGCCAAGUUAUGAAAAUUUGGAAAGAAUUAACGUUUUUCCGGAAAAUAGGACUUUGCAUAGUGAUAGGGUCUGCAGUUUCAUAUUUCGUAUCAAACGGGCGCAACAUUGGUGAUAUGAUGUUCAACACAAAGCCCCUACCCACUGACACUGUUGUUGAGAAAAAGGGCACGAAAUGGGACAUUUGACACAGUAAACAGUGAAAAGUCGGCACAGCCAACCAUAGUUUGGAGCCCCGGCUCUCAUUUUGGGAAAUGUGUACAUUUAGUGAUAGUGUACAUUCAUAAUAUUGUGUAUUUGGUUAAUUAUUUAUGACACAACUUCAUCAUUUUAUUUUGAAAUAUUGACGCAAAUACCUUGGUUGGUGUAUAGUAUUAGUAGUUAGUACAACUACAAGUACGACUAGCAAGUUGUAUUUGCUAUACUAUUCCUACGCUUCCGCAACAUCGUCAUCGGCAAAGAUGUUGCAGAUAAAUCAUGUUCAGCAAAGAAUUUUGGUAACACUUGUAUGUGUGUUGCUAAUUAUGGACUGCUGCUGCAUUUUGGAGUGUCUUGAAAACUCACAGGCAAAGAGAGUUCUUUACCACUACCGGCGCUUCGAUUACAGAAAGAAGAAACCACAGGAGCAGUCCUUUAAGAAGUAUUCUCGUGCCUGUGAUCAGCGUGAGAAGUGUAGGCAACUUGUUGGUGCAGCACGGACAACAUGUGGUCGGCAGUGCUUAUCAGAGUACUGUUUCAAUGAACUCUAUGGGAUAGAUGAGCUAGAAGAUGGUGAGAUUGACGUUAGGCUACACUCCUUCAAGGGAUGCUUUUUUGAGGAGCAGUACAACAUGACUAAGAUAAAGAGAAUUAAUUGAGAUAACAUUGAAGACAAAAAAUAGAGAUUAUAUAAUUUCAAAACAUUGUACGUCAAAUUAAUGUUCAUUUAUUGUUCAAUUUUGAUGUGGGUAUGUGGAGCCUUUUUUCAUUGUGUUCCUAGUCAUAAUGUCAGCACAUCCAAGUGAAAUUACCUACAUUUUUCAUAUUCUGUGUACUAUGUUCUAGUAAAUAUUACCAAAUAUGUAUGAAUAGGA